GCCGUUGGAGGAGCCCCUCGACCCCGAGAUAGAGACAGAAACGCGCGACCGAGAGGAGCCACAGGAUCCUGAGAUGGCAGCCGAGCGGCCGGAUCCGGUACGACCCAAGGUUGGAGAGGUGAUCACGGUCGGAGACAAUACCCCUCCAUGUUCCCCUGUUCCAGGGCCAGCACAGCGUUCAUGGCCAAAGGGGAUUCCCGAGUCGGGCAGCGAGGAGAUUCCGGAGUCCCCGCCUGCGGCCACCCUCAUGCCUGAGCAGGAGGCAGAGGCAGAGGAUCAGGGAGUGUGUGAGGGAGCGGGGAUGGAGGCGCCCCCUGACYUGCCAUCAUCCACGCACGUGACUAGGAGUCCGGUCAUCGAGGAGCCCGUUCCAGCGGAGUUACCGCCCGUAGUGCCAUGCGCGAGCGAAGGGAUGAGGGCCGAGCCAAUGGCUCCAGAGGGCCAGGGGCCGCGAGUGAGAGGGACCCCAAGGGAGACCCGCGAGGAGAAGUCCGCCCGGGUGCGAGUCCGUCUGGACGAGAUACAUGCGAAGCAAGCUGAGAUGGAGGCGGCAGGGAUAGAACCGACACCGCCAGUCGAGCCCAAGACGAGCGUGCAGAGGAUUGAUGAGUUGUGGGCUAGGUAUGAGAGUCAGAGGGAUGCGGCCCGCCAGAGGCCACGAGAGGCAGGACCGACAGGCGAGGGGACGAGUGAGUUGAGGGAGAUGGGAGACGUGGGAUUCUCUGCGACCAGGAUGGCGAUUGAGCGCAUGGAUCGGAGGGUAUGCGAGACGGCAGUCACAUCUUUCCAAUGGUAUAAUUUACUCAGCAAUGAGCUCAGGGUUAAGGAGUUGGAGGUAGAGCACCUGACUGCUCAGCUUGCCGAGGAGAGGGUGAGGAGCCAGGCCAGAGAGGUUGAGUGGGAGAGGAGAUUUGGGGAGAUGGCGGCCGCUAUGGAUAGRCUCUCAGCAGCCUGGGAGGCUAGCACGACAGGGCCGGCCGGUGAUGACAUCCAGGGCCGUGGGAUGCAGGCGUCGUCAAGUCAGGGAGUAGCAGUGGAAGUCCCUCGUCAGGCCGAGCCGAUGGAGGAGGCACCCUUGGAUGCAGUCGAGAAGGAGAGUGGCGCGCAGGAGUCGCUUAUGGCUAUGUCCACGGAGAGGAGGGGUUCGCGCUUGCAUGAGUUGGCGGCAGCCAUGGGGAUAGGCACUCCACAAGAGGAGCCUCAGGGACUUGACGCUCCAGAGCAUGCCCCGAGGAGAACAUUUCAUGAGCUGGAUAAUCUCAUUGCCAACUUCCGUUGGAGACGAUGACGUUAAUGCUCUGACAUGACGGACCCACUGCUGGUGUGACAUGAGUGAAAUAGUGGCGAUGUUUGUGCUUUCGUAGCAUGCAGCGGUGGGACUCAGCCCUAAACUUGAGUUCUCACUUAUAUUUGUAGACAUGGGUCCGAAUGAAGAACCUGGUAAGCC